AUGCACGACUCGUUCGCAGAUCUCGGCCCUCCGCCGCCGUACAGCCUUGAGCCGCUGCGCCCGAGCAGGUCGACGCCAAACCUCCGGCAGCAGGCAGCUUAUCAUUCCCAGACUUCUGAAUACGCGGCUUUUCCCGGCAUCGAUGUCAAUGGCCGCUUGCGAUGCCCGUCACCAGGACCACCUCGUAUGCAUUCAUACACCACGCAUGACCCCGUGCCAUCAACGCCCACCUAUGUCCCUUACCGACCGUACUCCCCUGCAUCUCACCAAUCACGACCUUCAAGCAGACACUCACAGAACCCCUCAUCAUUACCAGGGCCGCCGCCGCCCACGUCAGGCUGGAAGCCGCAGGUCGAAGUCCACACGCAAGAGCUUCGCUUAUACAGCCAGACCUUCCCCUUGAGCCGCCGGGAUCAGGGCCAGGAAACCGUCGGGGCUGAGACGCAAGCACCCACUCUCCCUACGAGGCCUGAGCUCCUCACGGCGACCUCUGAAACUACCACAGCAUCCUCCCAGGCGGUCUCCAAAGAGAAAAAUUUCCUUCAGAAUGCGUUCGACGAAGCAGUCUUCUUCGCUGGCGGUCUACUCCCACACCCGUCGGAGUCUACACGCCACUUCUCCAUCCUUCGCCACUCGCCUGCCCUCGUCUGGUACCGCGGGCCGUCAACGACUGUCACCAUCACCAUCUUCUCGGAUGAGACACUUCCACCAACGCGCUCCAUCUGGCUCCAACGCAAGGGCUACUCGGGCAACACAGGCAUGGCUCUCAAAUCCAUGCUGGGCACCACGACCUCCUGGCUCGACGUGACCCCCUCCAUCGCCGCUCCUCUGUCAUCCGUGCCGGCCACGGACGAACGCGCCUAUCAGCGCGACAUGGCCAAGUUCACCAAAAAGGCCUCCGGCAACGCCAAAAGACAUAUGGCCCGCGAAACGCACGUUGUGCGCAUCCCUGCCGCCGCUGAAGACGGAUACUUCCGUCUAGUUCUCUGCUCUGGUAGCGAGUCUGGCAGGAAGAAGACGCUCUGUCCUUCGCCCGUCUUUCGCGUCGCCAGUACCUCUACCGACGCCAGCAUGGUCAAGGGCGCCAGCCUCGCCACCAUGCCCAUCGAGCUGGGUGUCAAGGUCGGCAGCACCAUCGCCUCCAACGUCGUCAACCGCUACGUCGGGCCCGCUCGCAUGGCUGCUACCGCUGCCACCACGGGUGUCAUGCGUCGCGUGGAGAAGAAGGGCUUCGUUGCUGCCCGCGCCCACGAGGUCGCCAUGGCCAAGGCUGGCCUGCGCACGCAUGUUUCUUCCAUGGAGACGCGGUACGCCGGCAGCCGUGGCGCCGGAUAUGCCGCCCUACAGGCGGAUGACAUCCUCCUAGAAGGCGCCCCGCCUGAGGUCGUUGGGCCGGACGAAGGUCCUGUGCAGCCGUUCCCCCUCAAGUUUGAUGGCAAGGUCUGCCGAGGAACAGGCCGUGGUGGCAUGGAGCUCGGCGUGCCCACGGCCAACCUGGGCGACGUGCCCGAGGACAUUCGCCUGCGCAUGCGCGGCGGUGUACAUGGCUUGGGCGUGCAUCGUGCCGAGCCCGGGUCUGCCGGAGACGCUGUCGUCUGA